GGGGGUUGGGGCGAAUCUUUCCCCGCGGUGCCUAUUGGGACGGGCUACUAAGUUUAAGAAUCGAGGGAAGUCCGCCGCGAGUGGUCCAGCGCAUUUUGCGGGACGAGGAGGAGAGGGCGCCUGCUUCGAAAGUUUGUGGAUGGGCGCUUCUGCCUAGCAACGCCUCAUGUCUGGGAAGAUGAGUCGGGCCGGCUAGAACACGCUAACCCGGGGGGUCCCGGCCGAGCGGAAGGUACAGCCAUGCAGGAAAGCAUCCGUUUUGCUUCAUCGGGAGAUGAUGAUGUUAAAAUAUGGGAUUCUUCAUCCAUAACUGUAGUGGACCAAUUCAGUCCCCACACUCCCUCACAUCCAGUUAGCUGUGUAUGCUGGGGUAGCAACAAUAAUUUUCUGGUCACUGCCUCUGCUCUUGGUGAUAAAAUAGUGAUUUCAAAUUGUAAAGGUAAACCAGUUCCGCUCUUUGAACUAGCUGAAGGGGCAAAGCAAACAUGUAUAAAUUUGAGUUCAAACUCGAUGUAUAUUGCAAGUGGGGGCACUGAUAGCACUGUUAAUAUUUGGGAUUUAAAAUAUAGAAAACUUCAUCGAUCUCUUAAGGAUCACAAAGAUGAAAUAACCUGUGUUUCAUUUAAUUGGAAUGAUUGCUAUGUUGCUUCGGGAUCCAUGAGUGGUGAAAUUAUCCUGCAUAGUCUUGCUACAAAUUUAUCCAGCACUCCAUUUGGCCAUGGCAGCACUCAGCCUAUUCGACACUUAAAAUAUUCUCCCUUUAGGAAAGCAUUACUGGGCAGUGUCUCUGACAGUGGAACUGUUACUUUGUGGGAUGUCAACAGUCAAACUCCUUAUCAUAACUUUGAAAAUGCCCAUAAAGCUCCAGCCUAUGAGAUCUGUUUUUCUCCAAUCAGUGAGCUGCUGCUUGUAACUAUAGGUCUGGAUAAAAAAAUCAUAUUGUAUGAUACUUCAAGUAAAAGGCAAUUAAGGACUUUAGUAGCAGAAUCUCCUCUAACAGCAGUAGAAUUCAUGCCUGAAGGGACUUCUCUGGUGAUUGGAUCUUCUCGUGGAAAGAUAUACCAUUAUGACCUAAGAAAAUUGACAGCACCUGUGAAAUCAGUCAGUGCUCACAAAACCUCUGUGAAAUGCAUCACACUGCAGUACUAUAAUAGCUUUUCAAGGUCUAGUCUUAAAACAUCUUCAAAUAAGCAGGCUUGCAAAAGAUCUGAUAGCAAAACAGCAAGUAACACUGGAGGAAUGCAGAAUGCUGGCAUGAUCAAAAACCUUCCUUCUAACAUACCUGCUACAUUCUUGCCUCAGUCCAUGCCAACAGCUGAAAUUAAAGGAACUGAUGUUAUUCAGGAAAAAUCAGGAUUCCCACGUAGCAGCAGUUUAGAUGUAAUUCCUUCCAAAGAAGUUGAGCAUGGAAACACUUCUAAUCUAAGUCAUUUUGAUGAUUUGGGGAGAAGUAGUUUAGGUGACUUGUUCUCUCCAUUACGAGAUGAUAUUGCAGCUGGUAAAACAAGUGAGGAUGCUCCAGGAAAGGGUGAUGGUUUGGAUUUUCAGCCUUACCUUUCCAGCUUGGAUUUUCUUUCCCAGUUCAAUUCUGUAUUACCCACAAGAAAAAAUACAGCAGCAUCUAGUUCUCAAAUUGUGCAUUCUAGUCCACUUGAUGUAUUUGUUGGCUCUCCUAUUAAAGAAGAAGAUGAAAAUGCAGACACUGAUGCUAAGAAAGCUAAUUAUGGAAGACAAGAAGCAAGGGAACAGAUGAAACAGUUAAGCUCAACAAGCUCUGAUUCCCCAAAUCUAAGCACUCCACCACUGGUCAACAUAGUCAAGAGUCCUGAUUCUCGGGAGAGGCUUAUUAAGAAUAUCCAGGCACAAUUGACAUAUGACUCACCAAUGAAUGGUACUACCUCAACAAACCCAAAGAUAACUUCUGCUGUUAGUGCUGGAGUUGCCAGUUCACUAUCUGAAAAAAUAGUAGAUACUAUUGGAAGCAGUAGAUUGAAUGCACCUUUAUCAUCAGUUCAAAUUCAUUUCAUUCAAAAUAUGAUACAAGAAACACUGGAUGACUUCAGGGAAGCCUGCCAUCGUGACAUUGUGAAUUUGCAAGUGGAGAUGAUUAAACAGUUUCACGUACAGUUGAAUGAAAUGCAUGCCUUACUUGAAAGAUACUCUGUAAAUGACAGCUUGGUAGCUGAAAUCGAGAGACUGCGUGAGGAAAACAAACGACUGCAAACUCACUUCUGAGAAGUCCCUGUUCAUGCAAGGAAGAGGAAUUGAACUUUUAUUAUUGUGCUCAGGCAUCAUGACAUCAUCUGGCAAACAGAGAAAUAGUGUAUAAACGCAGUAUUCUUUUCCUAGCACUAAAUAACAUUUUUAGUUAUAGAAGAAGCAAUAUUCCACAAAUUAAUGCAGAAAAUGCACUAAUAAUGUUUGUACCAAGUGUUUUUAUGGUAACCUUGAAAUACAUUGGUUGUAAACAGGAGCUGACAGGUGUAUGGUUAACCAGUUCUAGCUGUAUGCAAAGUGCCUUUAUAAAAAGGGAAACUAAACAGGAAAUGUAUUUUGUAUAAGAAUUUAUCAACCACUUUUGUCCUGAUCAAUUUAUGAUACAUUUCAAUAUUUUGGCAACUUUUUUUACAGUGAAAUCUUUCUAAAAGUGUGUGUUUUUUCUCUUCUUUGACUAGAAAAAUAUUCAAAUGUCUGGCUCUUUUUAAAAAUUGUAUAUCUUUUACGGCUGACUUAGUCCCUAUAAAUGUUACUUUGUAAGUGUAGGAUAUAACAUUGCAUUAUGCAUUAAUUUGAAAUUUUAUAUAAUUUAAUGGUACACUGAUUGAUUUGUUCAGAUUGAAUAAACAAUUUAUGAAGUCCUGAGUAAAUGUACUUGGCCAAUAAUGCUGUCACUGAGUCUAAACCUCAAGCUGUUCUUCAGGAGCAAGCUGUUGACUUCCAGUGCAAGCAUAGUCAUAUUCACAUUUAUUAGUUUGACUUAACUAUAUGUUACCCAACUCUGCAGCUGUGGCUCAGGACAUGUAUUUUUACUAGUCUCUACCACCUUAUGCUUUGUGACAGCUCAGAAAGCUUUGGCUGUCGGGCAGUAUAGAAAAUAAACAAAUGGGAGCAGACCAUCAAAUGCACAUUGACCUGGUUCAUGCAUAAUGAGAAGCUAUUAAGUUCUAUGUGGCUGGCUGAAGUACGUUGGGAAUUGCAGUACUGUUUCUGUCUAAACCAACUAUUUUCUCUUUUUGAGAAUUUUCUGCAUAGCAUUGCACCCAGAGAAGACUAUGGGCCAGAUGAAUUUUAACAAGUUGACUAGAGAAACACACUUGUAUUUGGAAAAAAUGCAAUAAGGAACUAACUUAACUACAUAAAUUAUUUUCUGGUGUCAAGAAGAUUUGAGAAUUUGCCUGGGGGGUGGGUGCUAUGAAUGAUUUUUCCACCAGUGUGGGGUAAUGGAAGGCUGGCACAAGUACCCACCAGGUUUAUAUGUUUUUUAUUGCCAGGCUUCUUUCCUCACUCUAAACUGCUUGUGGAGAUGCGCUUUUUUCCUGUUGUGAGCUUUUCCCUCACUUUGUUUAGGCUGUUAGUUACCUGCUGAAUUUCUCCUUUUUUGUUUUUUAACUAAAUGGCUUUUGCUAUGGUUUUGCUGUUUUCACCUCUGAGCUGCUUAAGUUGGGGUGAAGCUUUGAUGGCUUGUGGGUAAACUCCAGCCUAUGGCUGGGGUUAACCAGAGCAGCUCAGCCCUGUGGCAAAGCUCUUUCUUGGCAGUCAGCAAACCAGUUUUAUGUGGGGCUGCGAUAAGUGGCAAGGAGGGGAUGGUCUGUACUUUUUGAGAUAGGUUUAAGGCUCAUUUUAAAGUUUCUGUCUCUGUUGUGGGCUUUGUGUCCACUUUGCUUUUUGCUUGGCUGCUGAAUUACCUGAUGGCUACUGCACAUGAUGGGGGUGGAACGUGGACUGCUGGGUCACAUGCUUCAGCAUGUGACUAUGAAAGCCUGUGGAUUUGAAGUUGAGCUACUGUCAGAGCUAAGCAGAGCAAGUAGCAUGAAGAUCUCUUUCCUGGGAAUUAAUGAACAGAGUAAAGAAAUGGGAGUAGCUGUAGGAAAUCCAUGGGAAUUACAAAGUCAUAUGACAUGCCUGGUGCUAUGGAAAUGGGUUGUUCAGGGCUUCGUGCUGUGACUUUCUUCUUGCCUGAGUGCAAGCUAGUAGUUUUUCUGGAAAAGAAAGUGAUGAUACUUGAGGCACACUACUUUACACUUCAUCUUACUAGAGAGUGAAAGAUUUAUCUGAGAGACCUGAGCCUCCCAAAAGAACAACAGAAGUGAAGGGUUUCCAAGGAAGAGAAAGAAAAGAAGGGGCAAGAGGUUGGGGAAUGCAAGAAUGUGACCCACAGAGCUCUUUGGGAAGUGCCUUCUUAACCUGACUCAGUUGCAAAAUUAUUAAUAGGCAGUACAAAGAACUGCUUUCUGGUAAAUAAUGGUAAAAAGCCCUGCUUUAAAUGUCUGAAGUUCAUAAAUUGCUGCUGGUGGUAUUUUCUGAGCAAUUGCCCCAGUAAUGUUUAAAAUACUAAGGAUGCAAUUAUGUGCAUGUCUGGGCAAGAAACAAUCAUAUAGCUACAGCUCCCAGCACCUGCAACCCUUCUAAAAAAGCAGAGCACAAUUUUUUAAAUCUAAGUAUGAUAUGUAGAGCUACCUAAGGGGAUGAAAAAGAUCUUGGGUGCCUUGUAGAUAAUGCUAUUCUUCGGUGGAUUUCUUGCCGAUGGAUGAAUUGUACCUGGAGCACACAUCCAUGGCUUCUCAUCUAUGUGGAGGAAAGUGAAAAGUGGGGUAUCACUGGCUUCUGACUCUGACCCAUUGUUGUUGUUCAAUAUCUUUAUAAGUAACUUGGACAAAGGAACCCAUGGGUUGCUUAUCAAAUUAGUAGAUGAUGUAGAACUGGCAGGGUUAGUUAAGAGACACAAGAUUCAAGAUUAUCUUUGCAGGAUUGAGACCUAGACCAAAACGGAAAUUAUUUCAGUAGAAAGAAUGAAUAACACAAAUUACUGUAAAUGGAUUUUCCGUGUCUUUUCUACCUCUUACUCAAAAAAAAAAAAAAAAAAAAAACCUUGGUUUGGGUUCAUAGGAUGCCACAACGUGUCUUUAAUAUGGGUUUGUCUAUGUCAGCCAGCUGCUGGAGGUACCAUAGUACUAAUGCUUUCUUUAACCGUAUGCUUUGGCAAUCUCCCAUAGGUGCUUCUUUUAGAAAGAGGCUAAAAUACAGAGCGUUUUAGUAUUGAAAGUCUUUAAUAUUCAGAUUACUUGUUAUCUGCUUGCUUCCUGGAAGUUAAUACAUGAUCAAUACCUGGCAAUUUCAAAAGUUUCCAAAAAAUUAACUCUGUUUUAUAAAUUUGGAACAUGGGAUUCAUCUCCACCAUAAAUACCCUUGAAAAGGAUGCAACUAUUUACUAAGGAAGAUAGAUUUGGCUUUCCAGAUAUUGCUUUAUAUCAUUGGGCUUGUUGGCUGAUGUGUACCGAAAUUUUGUUUUUCCCACUUAAGUGGCCUUUUCCAUUGUGGUCAGUUCUGGAUUUUUCUUGUCUGAAUCCUCUUUCUAAAUGGACUGCAUUAGUCUCGUAGCAUAUUAAAAUUUGUUUUCCCCA